CCACAGCAUAUGCAGAUUUUAGCUUGCGCCCUCAACACCAAAUCCUCUCUCCAAUCUUCUCCUCUCCACAUCCCGUGCUUCAACCGCAAGAAAAGAAGAAAAAGAAUCAACCAUGGAGCCACCACCACCAACGCACAAACCGCGGCGCAAAAGGCCCGCACCGCAAAACCCAAUCGAAACCGCCAUAACCGCCUGGUAUCCACCCACCUCUCACGCAUCACAACCCGGCCCACGCCUCGAGGACCUCCUCGCCCAGGCGCCCAAGCGAUGGACGGUCUACGCGCCGAUGGUGCUGCUGCCCGCGGGAUCCUUCGGAGGCGAGGCGUGGCAAGCAGCUCUGCAUCUCGCCGAUACCGAUGCCGAUGCACUGUGGAUCCGGAUCUUGACCGAGAUCGUGAAAAAGACCGGCGGAGGGGGAGCGGGAGCGGGACUAACGCAUCUUGCUGCCAACGAAGGGAUACCGGCCUCCGUGGCGCGGGACGAGGCGGAGCGCGCGCAGGGUCGUGGUGAUGAUGACGGUGGUAUUGAUAGCACUACUACCCCGGGAGAGAAUAUUCUGCGCAGCCCGACCGGUCUGCGAGUGCUGUACGGGGACUUCGGGCCUGCGUCUGCGGAAGAAGCAGAAGAAAGAGGAGAAAAGGCGUUCGAGAGCGCGUUCUGGGUCUCAACGAGACAGAACGGAGUGUUCCAGACGUGGGCGCCGCGGUGGACGAUGUUUAGCCGGGGGAACAUCAAGGAGAAGACGCGGCUGCUUGAUUUUCACAAACAUGGAGACUUGUCGAAGAGUAGCUGGGCCGUCGACAUGUACGCGGGGAUCGGCUACUUCACCUUCUCGUACGCUAAGCUCGGCAUGCGGGUCUUGUGCUGGGAGCUCAACCCCUGGAGCGUCGAGGGCCUGCGCCGGGGCGCGCGCGGAAACGGGUGGACGGUGCGGGUUGUGCGGGGCGAGCGCGAGCUGGCGCUGCCGAUGGAGGAGCUGGUGGGCGGAGGUGAGCGCAUCGUAGUCUUUUUGGAGGACAAUAGACAUGCGGCGCGGAGGGUCGCGGAGCUGAAUGGGGUCCUCGAGAUCGUGCAUGUCAACUGUGGGUUACUGCCUACUAGUGACUUGUCUUGGAAGGACGCCUGGGAGAUAUCGAGGCGGAGUACAGGGGCAGAGGCAUGGCUUCACUUACAUGAGAAUGUAGGGGUGGCGGAUAUCGAAAAGCGGAAAGAGGAGAUCGACGAGUAUUUCGUAGAUCUCGCGCGCCAAGACGGUGGGGGUAGAACGACCCGAGUGGAACAUAUCGAGUUGGUUAAGACGUUCGCACCGGGAGUCUGGCACUGCGUAUUCGAUCUUUACAUUACAAAGUCUAAUACCAAAACAUGACAAGAUCUUAACAUCAACGCAUCUGAUUAUUCCAUGUUGUGUCGUAACUCGUGCCUAUAUUCUUGCCGCCAAGCCAGCCAGC